AAGCAACAACCAUUAGCAAGAGAUUACCUACUUCCCCAAAAACAGAGCAAUACCCAAAAACAGAGUGUUACACACAAAAGAGAAAGGAGAGAUCAGCAAUGGAGUUCCCAAUUAUCAACAUGGAGAAGCUCAACGGCGACGAGAGGGCCGCCACCAUGGCCAAAAUCAAAGACGCCUGUGAAAACUGGGGCUUCUUCGAGAUUCUGAAUCAUCCAAUCCAAGUGGAGCUUCUGGACACGGUGGAGAGGAUGACAAAGGAGCAUUACAGGAAAUGCAUGGAGCAGAGGUUCAAGGAGCUGGUGAAGAGCAAAGGUCUGGAAGAGGUCGACUCAGAGAUCAAAGACAUGGACUGGGAAUCCACCUUCUUCCUCCGCCAUCUCCCUGAAUCCAACAUCAACGAAAUCCCGGAUCUCGAGGAUGAAUACAGGAAAGUGAUGAAGGAGUUUGCCGGGAAAUUGGAGAAGCUGGCGGAGGAGCUGCUGGAUUUGCUGUGCGAGAAUCUUGGGCUGGAGAAGGGUUACUUGAAGAAGGCCUUCUAUGGAUCUAAGGGGCUGCCCACUUUCGGGACCAAAGUCAGCAACUACCCUCCCUGCCCCAAGCCCGACCUGAUCAAGGGGCUUCGGGCCCACACCGACGCCGGAGGCAUCAUCUUGUUGUUCCAGGACGACAAGGUCAGCGGCCUCCAGCUGUUGAAGGACGGGGAAUGGAUCGACGUGCCCCCAAUGCGCCAUUCCAUCGUCAUUAACCUCGGAGAUCAGAUUGAGGUAAUUACGAAUGGGAAGUACAAAAGUGUGGAGCACAGGGUGGUAGCACAAACCGACGGGACGAGGAUGUCGAUUGCAUCUUUCUACAACCCAGGGAGCGACGCAGUGAUUUACCCCGCCCCACAGCUCUUGGAGAAAGAGGAGAAGAAGAGCAUCAGCUACCCUAAGUUCGUGUUCGAGGAUUACAUGAAGCUCUAUGCUGGACUCAAGUUUGAGGCCAAGGAGCCGAGGUUCGAGCUCAUCAAGACCGUGGAUUCUAAUGUCAAGUUGGGUCCAAUUGCCAUAGCUUGAAGAAAGUAAUUAAUAAAAUUGCUGGUGUCAUGGAUAUAUAGUAAUAAAGUAAAAACGUGAGAGAGGUUAAUUAACUUAGUGUGUGUGUCUCUUAAUCUUCUUGAUUGUUGGAGGGAAAUGUGGUUUAAUUUAGAGUGGUUUAAGUAAAGUGUGUGGGAGUGAAUGAUAAAGAAAGAAAUGUGGUGUGUGUACUGUGGGCUUUGUCAAUGGAUGA